UUAACGUUCUCGUUCUGAAAAUCGGUGUUUUGUGUAACGAGCCACCUUCUGAGUAGUCGCAUAACCAUUACUAAAGUGUUUUGGCGAUACAUUUGCGUUAUUAUAAGUGUGGUGUUUGCAUUAAGCGAACGAAAAUGAACAGAGACGUAAAUAGAUAUUUUAAACUUCAUUGUAACAUAUUUUUAUUUUGGUUUGUUAUAGCGAUAUUAGGGCAUGCGAAAAAUUCAGCCUAUGCUCAGUGGAACACAAAUGACUACUUGAAAAAAGAACACUCGCUUAUGAAACCGUAUCAAGGAUCAGGUAUGACAGUUCCAAACUGGGAUUUUGUUGGAAGUACUAUGGUGACAAGUAAUUACAUCAGACUUACUGCCGAUGAACAGAGUAGGAUUGGGGCCAUUUGGAAUAAAGUGCCCUGUUUUGUAAGAAAUUGGGAACUGCAAGUUCACUUCAAAGUUUAUGGUCAAGGAAAAGAUCUUUUUGGUGAUGGCUUAGCUCUAUGGUAUGCUAAAGAACCUCUUCAGAUAGGUAGGCAUACUUUUAUUAAAGUAUUUUACAUUCUGUAUGAAUAAUCAACUAAUUCAGGACGACACAAUCAUGGACAUCCAUAUAUAUCUGCAAUGGUCAACAAUGGCACCCUACACUAUGACCAUGAUCGUGAUGGCACUCACACUGAGUUGGCUGGUUGUGAAGCCAAAUUUCGAGGAGUUGAUCAUGAGACUCACAUUUCCAUUAGAUAUGAAAAAGAUACAGUGACUGUUUCUACUGAUAUAGAAGGUAAAAAUGCAUGGAAGGAGUGUUUUAAAGUAAGUGGAGUGAAGCUGCCCACAGGUUAUUAUUUUGGAGCAUCAGCAGCAACUGGUGAGCUGUCAGAUAACCAUGAUAUUAUAUCUAUGAAAUUGUAUGAGCUAGAAAUUGCCAGUGAGUUGAAAGAUGAAGAGGAUAGAUCCAACAUUGAGCCUUCUGCUUCUUUCUUUGCAUCCCCAAGAGAUCACAUAGAUGAUCCCCCUCCACCCAUGUCUGGUACCAAGUUAUUACUCAUUAUGCUGUGUGCCAUAUUUGGUGUAUUUAUAUGUGUUGUGGUUGGUGUGGUAGUAUUCCAGAAGCAGCAGGAGACUUCUAGAAAACGAUUUUACUGAUGUGUCUGUGAACAAGUAAUUUACCUCAUAAGAUGAGUGACAUCAAGUUGUGGGACAUAUGAUCAAUAAUUAGGAAUUGGGUUUACAAAACUGAACAUAAUACAGUCUUGCAAUUUUUUUUAAUUUUUUUUUGUGGGUGUGAAUGUGCUAUAAUCAUUUUCUAAUGAAAUGAUUGUAAAUAUAUGUGAAAUUGUCCUGUUUUUAUAACUGCUGUACAACUUAAGUUUAUGGAUUCAAGUUUAAUAUCUUAGAAUUUGGUAAAAAUUUCAUACCUUUAAGUUUUGUCACCUACGAAAAAGAUUACAGAGUGAUCUACAUUGAAUUUUUGAAGAAAAGCUAUAAAUUCAUACACUAUAAUAUGACUGUAAAAUUACCUGUUUUCUUCCUGCAAAAUGUAUUCGUUUUCAAAUUUCUGUAUCAAAUAAUAAAUGUUUCUAGCCACCAAUAGCUAUUUUGAUACAUAAUGUAUGAGUAUUUGAAAUAAAAAAAAUGAAUUGCAAA